AUGCUCUGGGUCAUCCCCCGUUCCUUCUAUCACGGUGUCAACAGACGCCACAAGAGAGCGGCCAGCCGGACCUUCCGAUCUCGAUCUCGACUCCACGAUCCAUCCCUGCGCCCAGCCCAGGGCGGUCCGCUCUGGCGGAACCCAUGUAUCGGAGGCACGCUGGCGGGCAACUACCGUGUAGGACCGGACUACAAUGUCGACUACGCGCCGCAAGAGCCGCAUUCGGGGCAGCAAACCCAGGCUCCGAACCCGUAUGAGACGCACCAUCACCGGGCCCCGCUCCAACAUGCCGGCCCAUCGUCCCUUCACGAUCACUCCCCACAUCCAUCUCAGCACAGCGGCAUGCAGCAGCACUACACCCCAACUCACCAUGCCCAUCCGAUCCUCACCGACCCCAGCCAUCUGGCCGGGCAUCCAUCGGCUCGACACAUGGGACAUCCUGGCCCAUCUCAUUUCGGCCCCGGUCCAGCCCAGCAUGCUGUCGUGGCGCCUCUUUACUCGUCUCUAACCCCGACGCAUGGCCAAACUGCGGGUAUGAAACGGCCACGACCCGAUGACCUCGACCUGUCCGUGCCUGGAAUGCCCGACCUCGAACAUGGCGAUCUCGAGUCAAUGCAGCAGACUCCCAUGGGUGCCACAUACGCACCGCCACCGUCCGCCCAGGCACAACAACCUCCGACGCAUCACCACCAUCGGCUCCCAGACACGGGCCCGCCCAACAAGCUCCUACGACGAGAUGGGGAAGGCAACAGCAGCGUUGGAGGUGGGGGGCCGGGGGCUCCGAGUAUGGUGGGGGCUGCGGGUAUGCCGGCGCCGGCUGCGCGGCCGAGGGGACCAAAGCUCAAAUUCACGCCGGAGGAUGAUCAGCUGCUGAUUGAUCUCAAGGAGAAUAAGAACUUGACGUGGAAGCAGAUUGCGGAUUUCUUCCCGGGAAGAUCGAGUGGGACGCUCCAGGUCCGAUACUGCACGAAACUCAAAGCCAAGACGACGCAGUGGACGGACGAGACGGAUCAAAAGCUACGUACCGCGCUCCAGGACUACGAAAACGAAAAAUGGCGCAUCAUCGCCAACAAGGUCGGCACAGGAUUUACGCCGAUCGCCUGUCGAGAUAGAGCCGCAGAAUUGUCGGGGGAGAACUUAUAG